AGCUUUUAUACUAAGAUUCUUAUACAAGCGAUAUACUCGGCUUACUGAGUAAAAUGAUCAGUAUUUGACAUAACGGACCUGCCAUAGAUUUAAUGUUUCUUUGAUGCUUUGCAGAUUCGAAGUUUAAAUUCAAUGAUGGAUUUUGAAUAUGACAGUUCUCAAACUGUUCUGAAAAACACAGAAAAACUUCUGUUGGAUAAUAUUUUUUUGGAUUUUACUGUCAAGGUCGAUGACGUUUCCUUGCCAUGUCACCGUAUUUUUCUGGCAGCGUCGUCACAUUUCUUCAGAGCACUUUUAAUGACAGACAUGAAGGAGGCUAAAGAGGGUUGUGUAAAGAUCAAUGGGAUUUCUCUUAAAACAUUUCAACACAUUUUGAAGUCAAUGUAUACUGGAAAAGUUCCUUUGACGACGGAUAAUUUUAUAGACAUCUGGAAGGCAGCAGAUCAACUACAGAUAGACUUUAUUGUUAUACACUGUGAGGAUUUCGCUGCAAAGGCCAUUUCCGUUGAAAACAUUGAAAGCGUUGUGAAUACAGCUAAAGCGUUUAAAUCCGAAAAAGUGUUGAAUGCUUCAAAAUCUUUUAUGUUAAAUAACUUUGGCAUACUUAUGAACGACAAGCCUAUAAUGGAGCUGGAAGUUAAAGAUUUCAAUGAAUUGAUUGAUUCUCGGGAUCUUAAAGUAGAAAACGAAGACUGGGUCAUACAAGCAGUGUUACAGUGGGUUGAGUACGGGUGUGAAGAGAAAUGCAGUGUUGAAUAUGAAGACGUUUACACUGACAUUAUAGAUAACACUACAAAUAGUUCAAAUGAUGAACCUGGUAAAAGUCUUCAUGCAGCCAAUAAACAAAUGUUAAAUAAAAUAAAUCAGAGAACUCAAGCCUUGACAACAUUAUUGAGGUCUGUGAGGACGUGUCUUGUGAGUACACCACUUCUGAAACAUCUGCUAAAACAUCGAUUGAUAAUCAACAACACUGAAGCGAGAGAUAUUUUGAUUGAUGCUGUAUUGUAUAAGACAACACAUUAUAACCAGGGACAAUGGCGAACAAGUGCCAUACAUCGAGCUGUUAGUAAAUCGGAGCAUUACGGUGUUGAGUAUCAUAUAGAAAGAGGAGAAUUUUUUUACAUACAUGUAUUUGAAGAUAAGCUUUACAAAAGUAUAGGCUGUUUAGAUGUAUCACUAGACGUCACUUUAGUUGUUUUUGACUCUUAUUUGUACGCCAGUGGUGUUAAAGACGUCUCUCAAACAAACAGCUGUCUGUAUGUUUUUUGUGUAAAUGCUUGGAACAAAAUUACUGAGAUACCAGGACGGCAGUUAAUUUUAGUGCCAUAUGAACAAUGUCUCUUUACUCUUAGUAAAAGUUCUACUGAAAUAUAUCAAAUAUUCCCUAAAAACAGUAAACCAAAAGUUGAAGAAUUUACAAAGCUACCAGAGACAAUAAAAGCACAAUAUGCUAUAAAUUAUCACAGGAUGAUUCUGAUUUUCAGUUCUGUUACCGUCAAUGGUGAAGAGAAAACUGCAGUUCAUCAGCUGGACAUUUUAACAAAGAAAUUAACAGAAUUAGAACAAUUGAAUGGACCAGCUGAACAGAUAAUAAGUUUCAGUGAUGACAACAAUACUUACGUGUUACAAACUGUUGGAGAUUUGUGGCUUAUAAAUAGUUCAGUUGAACCAGUCACAUUCAAAUUGUUGGGAAGGUUAUGGACAAUUAAGAGAAAGUUGUGCGGUGCAUUGACAUACAAGAAAAAGUUGACUAUCUUUGGUUCUGACCACACCAAAGAGCCAGCUGAACAAAAACUGCUGUAUUCGUUUAAAGAGUACUUUAACUUUAUACAAUACUGGGGGACUGAUGAACAAUGUUCAAAUUUUAUACCAGCUACUCUAUUAAAAGAAGAAAUUGUGCCUUUCGGAACAUAAUUACAAACUAUUGCUAUAAUUGCUAUUGCAUUUUGGAAGGGUUUGGGGGCUGUGUUUUGUGGCGGAGGGUCAGUUUAUAUAGCUUUUUUGUUUGAUUUGUUUCCUAAGAUUUACGGUUUCAAUUUUUUUAUAGUUGUGCUGCAUACAUUUAUACUAAAAUAAUAUCACUCUGAUUGGUUGGAUUUCAAGUAAAUAAUGCUUCAUUUAGAUUUGUGUACAAAGUAAAUCUUCAAAGGGUAACACAACUGUGAAUAUUAUUUUUGCUGUACUUUAAAAAUGUAUUAUUAAAAAAAAUGUUACUGAUCAAAAUAUAUCAGGCUCUGAAGCUGGAAUAAUGCAAAACAAAUAGUGUUAAAUUAUAGAUACGUGCACAUGGGUAAUAAUUAUAGGACAAAAAGUAUAGGUCGCUCUCUCAGAACUGUGUGUUACAGAGAAAAAGCUACGUGUUGAGAUAAUUAGAUGGUUGUCGUACAGCCGCUUAAAAUGUAUGCCCACGACAAGGAGUGGUGGCCACAAAAAAAUGAAGUUGUUCUAGCUAAUCAAGGAACACUCCUAGAAGGUGCCGUCUUCCCGGUGGUUGACUGAAGACUAAUCGUGAUUUAACAAUAUUUAUUUUUAGGUACUCAAUUUAAACGCCAAAGAAUCUAUGUGUGUUUAGCUGUGUUUUAUCCUUUUUGUUAAUUUAUAGUAUAGGAGGUUAGUUUUUAAUAUUUUGAUGUGUUACGUGUUUUUAUGUUCAAAUAUUUAUAUUUUUAGGAGGUUAACAGUUUGUAUAUAUUUAUUUUUACACUGAAUAUUAGUAAUUCAUAGUAGUGUAAAUAUUGGUGGUGAGAGUUUUGAGUAAUCAAUAAUUAAUUAUUUUGUGUGUGUUAAUUAGUUUUAUUAUCAGAAUGUAUAGAGUAGGAUCAGUUGG